AUGGGUGACGACGAGAAGACCGUCAACGAUGUUCUCCCGGUCAACACUGAAGGCAUUACCGUCAACUCGCCUUACGGUGCCAGCGGUUCCGACUCGGACCCCGAGAAGGCCUACAAGUAUGUCGACACUACCAACGGCAACCUGAUCAUGAACGAGCACGGCGAGAUUGAAGGCGGCGUCAAGCGUACGCUCAAGGAGCGUCACAUGUCCAUGAUUGCCAUUGGUGGUGCGAUCGGUACUGGUCUGUUCGUUGGUUCGGGCACUGCCCUCAACACUGGUGGUCCCGUCGGCGUGUGGCUCGCCUACUGCCUGAUGGCGUCCAUGGUGUACUCGAUGAUGGUUGCUCUCGGCGAGAUGGCCACUCUCUACCCUGUCGCUGGUGGUUUCACUCACUACGCUUCGCGUUUCGUCGACGAGGCUCUGGGUUUCGCCGUCGGUAUCAACUACUGGUACUCGUACGCUGUCACCAUCCCCACCGAGCUCGUGGCUGUGGCCAUCGUCAUCUCGUACUGGGACGACAAGACCAACCCCGCCGUUUACAUCACCGUCUUCUUCGUCCUCAUCUACGUUGUCAACUUCUUUGGUGCCCGUGCCUACGGUGAGACCGAGUUCUGGUUCUCGUCGAUCAAGGUCAUCACCAUUGUCGGCCUCAUCAUCCUUUCGCUCAUUCUCAUGUGCGGCGGUGGUCCCAACCACGACGCUAUCGGUUUCCGGUAUUGGCGCAACCCGGGUCCCUUCAACCAGAUCUCCGUCGGCACCGUCACUGGUCCCGAGGGUGUGAUUGAGGGCCGCUGGGGUCAGUUCCUGGCCUUCUGGAGCGUCUUCGUCCAGGCCGCCUUCUCGUUCAUUGGUACUGAGAUCCUCGCCACCACCCUUGGUGAGGCUGAGAACCCCCGUGUCACCGUCCCCAAGGCCAUCAAGCGCGUCUUCUGGCGUCUCGUCAUGUUCUACGUUAUCGGCAUCUUCUUCAUCUCCGUUCUUGUCCCUUACAACGACGACCGUCUCCUGACCGGUACCUCGGACGCCUCGGCCUCGCCCUUCGUCAUUGCCAUUGAGAACGCCGGCAUCAAGGUCCUUCCCUCGAUCGUCAACGCUGUCAUUCUCAUCGCCGCCUGGUCGGCCGGAAACUCGGACCUCUACGCCGCUUCGCGUACCCUCUACGCCCUCGCCAUCGAGGGCAAGAUGCCCAACGUCUUUGGCAAGGACAUCUUCCGUUACUGCACCAAGAACGGUCUCCCCCUGUGGUCGGUCAUUGUCACUGGUCUCUUUGGUUUCCUUGCGUACCUGAACACUGGUGGCGAGUCUGCCUCGAAGGCUUUCGACUGGCUUUACAACCUGUCCGCCAUCACCGGUAUCCUUACCUGGUGGGCCAUCAUGGUCUCGUACCUGCGCUUCUACUACGGCCUCAAGAAGCAGGGUAUCUCGCGCGACUCGCACCCCUACAAGGCUCCCUUCCAGCCUUGGCUCUCAUGGUACGGACUUAUCUGGUUCUCAAUUAUCACUCUCUUCUGUGGCUUCCAGGUGUUCCUCCGUGGCAACUGGUCCGUCGCCGACUUUAUCGCCGCCUACAUCUCCAUUGCCAUCUUCAUUGUCGUCUGGGUCGGCUGGAAGGUCUGGCACAAGACCAAGUGGAUCCCCCUGGAGGAGAUCGACUUCUUCACCGGUCGUCGUGAGCUCGACCUCAUGGAGGCCGCCGACAAGGAGAAGUUUAAGCCCGACACCCCGUGGAAGAAGUUCUGUAGCAUCCUCUUCUAG